AUGGCAGAAGAGAAAAUUGCAUUAAUUCAAAAGAAGUAUAACGAAUUAGAAUAUGAUGAUAACAUAUUGUAUGGAGGAAUUAUUAUUAAAUAUCAACAUGUUUGUGAGACUGUUAUUGAAGGUCAAGAUUUAAAUAAACAAAAGAGUGCUGUAGAAAAAAUAAUUGGACAACUCAAAAGAAACGAAGAAAAAGAACAAGUUAAAUCGUUUGAAGGACAAACAAGGACAAUUUAUGUAUUACAAAAUGGACUUAUUGCAGUUAUUUUAGUGUGUGAUAUUAGAUUUCCACCUAAAUUAGCAUUUGCUACAAUGAAAAAUAUUUAUUCAUUCUUUUAUUCUACUUUUAAAAAAACAAUAGACGGUUUAAAUUCACAUUCAUUUGUUAGUAUUGAAGAAUUUGAUAGCUUUAGACCUAAAUUACUCGAUUUUAUUAUGAAAGCAAAUAACGAUGAAACUGAUGAAACUCGUAUUUUAAGAAAGAAAACUAAAAAUUUUUAUACAACAACUGAAGUUUCAGUAAGAAAGAUUGGUGAACGUGGUAAAAAAGUAGCUGACCUUGAAAAACAAGCUGAUACAAUGAAACAGGCUUCUUCUGAUUUAAGUGCAUCAGCUGUUGAUGUUAGAAAUCUUCAACGAUGUAAGUAUUGGAAAAGAAAGUCUAUUGUUAUUAUUUUAUUAGUUGUUUUAGUGUUAGGUAUUAUUGGUAUCAUUAUUGGAGUUUGUUUCCAAUUCAUUCCGAGAAGUAAUAAUAGCAGAUAA